UUGCUCUCAGCCGUGACAUCACCUCCCAUCUUCAUCUGAUACCACUGCGAGAUCCAAAGUUGUCUCAAAAAGGGAACCGUUGCGGGAGGAACCAUACUCUACCGUACGGUCUAUCGCAGAGGAGGAGGCGGCAAGAAAAACACAGCCAACACCAUGGCCUCACAAUCAUGCCCGGUUCUGCCACAGAACCUCCUGAUCAUCUCGCUGAAGAUGUAUUUCACCCCUAGCCGCACCUUGGACUACCUCCGUACCCUGCUCGAACCGAAGAACGGAAUCGUCCGUCCGCAGAACCGGUCCAAGAUCCUCCUGGCGCUGAUCCCCGACUUCCUAACCAUCUACCCAUGCGCAGAAAUCAUCAAACAAUAUGAAUCCAACCUGCCUGAAUCCGAUCGCUCCUCCGACCUGCCCGCUCCGUUUCUCUUGGGGGCACAAGAUUCCUUUUGGGAACCUCUAGGCGCCUACACCGGCGAAGUUUCUCCGCUCGCCCUGCGCGAGCUGGGUGUUUCCAUCGUCGAAUUGGGCCACGCUGAACGUCGCGCGAUCUUUGGUGAAACGGACGAGCAAACGGGUCGCAAAGCGGCCGCCGUGUGUGCACAGGGCAUGAUUCCGCUCGUGUGUAUCGGCGAAAUCACCGCGCCGGGACCUGUCGCGUCCGAAGCCAUUGGUCUCGCCGUCCGUCAGUGUGAGGUGCAAGUGCGCGCUGUCUUGGAUGCCAUUCCCGCUGAGGCGCCCGUGAUCUUCGCCUACGAGCCUGUCUGGGCGAUUGGAAAGCCUGUUCCUGCGGGCGUCGACCAUAUCGCUGCCGUGGUGAGCGGAAUCCGAGCAGCAAUUGGCCGGCGUCAAGGCGACGUGAGAGUUCUCUACGGCGGCAGUGCGGGUCCGGGGUUGUGGGGAGACGGUGGUCUGGGGAAGGCUGUGGACGGCAUGUUCUUGGGUCGCUUCGCCCACGAUCCAGAGGGGGUCCGGAAAGUGGUCGAAGAAGUCGAACAGAGCUUGGGAGAGUCCUGAUUGGGAAAUGAUCUAAUAGGCCUCUGAAGUCCUAACAAAUGCCUUCUAUAGACCUACAGAAGCUGGCUCUGCGGUGAAUAUCGAAGCAACUUGAAACUACUGCACUCAACUUCGUGAUCUCGGACACGAAUACCAGAUACCAGAAUACCAAAGGAUCGCAACAAAAGCAGACACCGUCCCAUGAACGCCAGACGGAACCACGGAACGGGAGGAU